AUAACAUGUUCUAGCUGUCGCCGAAACGGGAAUAGAGUGAGUAGAAGCAAUCUGGGGCUGAUUUAACACAGUCAGCAAUACAAGCAAGCAAGUUCGAUUCUCUCUGAUCAAGUUUGACUUAACUGCCUAAAUGCCGAAAAGCCAUCAAUCGAAGCACUUUUGGUGGCAUAUGUCUUAUGUGUGCUGCUGAGUGACACUCUGAGUAUGGAACAGCACGUUAGUGAUGAUGAGCAACCUGUAGUGUUUAGAGACGAAAACAAGAGGAGGAGAAGGAAGAUGAAGGCUUUCACCUCCAGCUUCUCAAAGGAGAUGGAUCAGAUAGCCAUUGAAUUUGUCCUCCCCACCACCAGCAAACCUCGGAAGAGCCCAGACACGCUACAGCUAGACGUGGUGGGGAACUGCACGGUCGAGCAGAUCAAGGCCCAAGUGUGGCUGAAAGCUGUUGCUGCCAAUCUGUGCCCCGAAUUCUACCAGAAGUACACACCCGACCACUGCAUCUUACUUUACCAGAAGAAGGGAAACUGGUGUGAGAUCUACGAUAAGCACCAAGUGUUUCAGACCCUGGACUGCAUUCGCUACUGGAAGGCACUGAAAAGAGAUCUGGGUAGGAUUCAUCUGGCCACCAGGCCUCAACCCACUGAAGAGUCUGUUCAGUAUCAGAAGUACCUGAACUACCUAAUCGGGUAUGAUGUCACUGACGUGAGCAAUGUACACGAUGAUGAGCUGGAGUUCACUCGGAGGAAGUUACUAACCCCCCGGAAAUAUGAGCUCACGGACAGAGAUCCUAAGCUUUACUCCAUGGAUCCUUUUGUAAGCACAAAGCCACUCCCAGAGUACCUUCUCAGCAAGAUUACCAACAACAACAUUCUCCUGGUAAUACACACUAGCACCUCCAGUCAGACUAUCAAAGUGUCCAUUGACGAUACCCCUGUGCAGGUUCUUCAGUGCUUCUUCACAAAGAUUGCGAAAAAAAGGGCACUGCUGGGUUUUUCAGAGGAGGUUGGCGAGUCCGAUUUCAUCCUGCGGGUUUGCGGCAGGGAGGACUACAUUUUUGGAAACCAUGCCAUUACAGACUUCCACUGGGUGAGGCAGUGUCUGAAGACUAGUGAGGAGAUUCACCUGGUGCUGGAGACCCCACCGGACCCAGAGCAAGACGUGGUCCACAAAGAGGACUGGUCCCUUGUGGAUGACUGCACCGGUGUGGCUGGCUCCCAUGAGCAGCUGACUAUCGAUGAGAAAGACCAUGAGAAGGUCUUUACCAUCUCACUGUGGGACUGCAACCGAAAGUUCCGUGUCAAGGUCCUGGGCAUCGACAUCCCUACCUUGCCUCGCAACUCAGAGCUGAUCGUUUUUGUGGAGGCCAGCAUCUUUCAUGGGCAGCAACUGCUGGCCCAGGAACGGACAUCGUCCAAGCCCUUCACUGAGGAGGUGCUUUGGAACUCCUGGCUAGAGUUUGGCAUCAAAAUGAAAGACCUGCCCAAGGGAGCUCGGCUGAACCUGCAGGUAAACUGUGGAAAGGCCCAGACUCAGACCUCCAAGGGGGUCUACCCAGACAGCAGUAGCCAAGAGGGAAAGGCCAAGACCCGCUUGCUGUACUAUGUCAACCUGCUGGUGGUGGACCAUCGCUGCUUGCUCAGACAGGGUGAGUACAUCCUGCACAUGUGGAAGAUGCCAGAGAAGAGUGAGGACCAUGGCAGCGUCAACGCCGACAAGCUCACCUCCGCCACCAACCCGGACAAGGACAACUCCAUGGCCAUUGCCAUCAUGUUGGACAAGUACUGCUACCCCAUCGCCUUGCCCAAGAGCCGUGAGAUGCCUGAGGCUGAGAGCGAGAGGGGGCAGAGGGUGAUGCCCAACCAUUUACGGAAGCAGUUUGACCAGAUCGUUGCCACUGACCCACUGUACCCGCUUAGCCCGGAGGACAAGGAGCUGCUCUGGCACUUCAAACAGGAGUGCAUGAGGCUCCCUAAGGCCUACCCCAAAUUCUUGGGUUCAGUGAAGUGGGGCAAGCAGGAGGCGGUGACAGCCACACACCAGCUCCUGGAGAAGAGUGACACUUGGGACCGGAGCCCACUGGACGUGGGCCUCGCCAUGCAGCUACUGGACUGCCACUUCUCUGAUGCUAACGUUCGCACCAUGGCUGUUAGAAAGCUGGAGACACUGGCUGAUGAUGAUGUCCUGAGGUAUCUGCUGCAGCUCGUACAGGCUGUGAAGUUUGAACCAUACCAUGACAGUGCAUUAGCCAGAUUCUUACUGAAGCGAGCUCUAAGGAGCAAGCGGAUUGGCCACUUCUUGUUCUGGUUCCUGCGUAGUGAAAUCGCCCAGUCCAUGCACUACCAGCAGCGCUACGCAGUCAUCCUGGAGGCGUACCUGCGGGGCUGUGGCGAAGCCAUGCUCCAGGACUUCCGCAAGCAGGUGGAGAUGACAGAGGCCCUGCAGAAGGUGACCAAGGAGAUCAAGACCAUGUCCGCUGAGAAGUACGACGUGUCAAUGCAAGUUGUUUUUCAACUGCGGCAGAAACUGGAGAAUUUACAAAUAUCAGGCCUGCCGGAAAGCUUCAGGGUUCCCUAUGAUCCAGGCCUGCGAGCCGGAGCUCUGGUGGUUGAGCAGUGCAAAGUGAUGGCGUCCAAGAAGAAGCCGCUCUGGCUCCAGUUCAAGCGAGCUGACCCCACCACGCUCUCCAGCGACACCAUUGGGAUCAUCUUCAAGGAUGGAGAUGACCUUCGCCAGGACAUGCUCAUCUUACAGAUUCUGCUGAUAAUGGAAUCUAUAUGGGAAACAGAGUCACUUGACUUGUCUCUGUUGCCAUAUGGUUGUAUUUCAACUGGAAAUAAAAUAGGAAUGAUCGAGAUCGUGAAGGACGCCACUACCAUCGCCAACAUCCAGCAAAGCACUGUGGGAAACACGGGCGCCUUCAAAGACGAAAUUCUCAACCAGUGGCUGCGAGAAAAGUGUCUGAGUGAAGACAAGUUCCAGCAGGCUGUUGAGCGGUUUGUGUACUCCUGCGCGGGUUACUGCGUGGCCACCUACGUGUUGGGGAUUGGAGACCGUCACAACGACAACAUCAUGAUUACAGAAUCAGGUAACCUUUUCCAUAUUGAUUUUGGACACAUACUUGGAAACUACAAGAGCUUCCUGGGGAUUAGCAAGGAGCGGGUCCCGUUCGUGUUGACACCAGACUUCCUCUAUGUUAUGGCAACAACUGGAAAGAAAAGCAGCAGCCCUCAUUUCCAGAAGUUUCAGGACGUGUGUGUGAAGGCCUACCUGGCUCUGCGACACCACACCAACCUGCUGAUCAUCCUGUUCUCCAUGAUGCUGAUGACGGGCAUGCCUCAGCUCACCAGCACGGAGGACAUCGAGUACAUCCGCGAGGCGCUGACCGUGGGCAGGGCCGAGGAGGACGCACAGCGCCACUUCCUGGACCAGAUCGAGAUCUGCCGGGACAAGGGCUGGACCGUGCAGUUCAACUGGUUCCUACACCUGGUGCUGGGAAUAAAACAGGGAGUGGAGAAGCGGUCUGCUUAGAGGUGCAUUUCCCUCCUGCUUAUAGGGACUGCAGUUUAUUUUAGUUGUCUAUUCACCCAAAUGGUAGACUACAUUUAAUCUUAAAGCAACUGAAAAAAUAAACCCUUAAAAAUUACAUUUUUAGAGUCUUGUAACCUGUUCAUUUGGGUACUGUACAUCUUGCACAACAGUAAACUUAAAUUCCCCUCGGCUAAACUUUUCUAGGUUCACAUGUUUUCUAGUCAUAAUACCGGCCCGUUGUCUGACUGCUGUCCUGACUUAUCAAAAGUUUAACUGUUGAUAAAAUGUGCUCCCCAUUUGUGUUGUUCAUUUAUGUAUUAGCUGAUUUUAUGUCAUUUUUAACAAAUAGGCCAUAUUAUUUGGGGAAAAAAAAUAUUUACUGAGUGAUCGCUUUAUUAGGUAGACCUGUACACCAGCUUGCUAAUGCAAAUAUUUAAUCAGCCAAUCAUGUGGCAGCAACUAAAUGCAUAAACGCAUUUAGUCAUGUUUUUCAGACCAAAUGUCACAAUGGGGUGUAAAUGUGAUCGAAGUGACUUGACUGUGGAAUGUUUCUUGGCACCAGACAGCCUGGUUUGAGUAUCUCAAACUGCUGAUCUCCUGGGAUUUUCAUGCGCAAAAGUCUCUAGAGUUUGCAGAGAAUGGUGUGAAAACAAAAAACAUCCAGUGAGCAGCAGUUCUGUGGGUAGAAACGCAUUGUUAAUGAGAGGUCAGAGGAGAACGGCCUGACUGGUUGAAGUGGACAGGAAGGUGACAGUAACGCAAAUAACCACGCAUUACAACAGUGGUAUGCAGAACUCUAAACAGAUAAUGUGUCAAACCUCUAAGUGGAUAGGCUACAGCAGCAGAAGACUAAUAAGUCUAAUGCAUACCUAAUAAGAUGUUCACUGAGUGUAUAUACAAAAAUGAAACAGUACCCUCUGCUGGACAGACUAGUUCUGGGUAAGCCACGUUUCAUCUGUUUGCACUGAUAUAGUCAAACAAAUGUUCAAUAUAUAAUAUGACAAAUUCUGAAUCAAGAAACCAGUUGUACAUGUAUUUAUCAUAUUAGCAAAUAUUGAAUGCUGCCCAUUGUAGAUUCCUUAAGUAAUGUAAUUGUUCAUAUUUUGCACUUGUAGGUUUUCAGUAUCUGUUCUAUUUUUUUUGCUUCUUAUUUGUGUUUGUAAAAAGCAUUUUGUGUUUUGACUAUGGUGUCCAAUACUGUAAGGUAAUUUUGUGACCUUUCAUAUGCUAAUUAUUGACAUGGCUGAUCGAUGGAUAAUUUGAAGGCUCACCAAGCCUGUUAUAAUUACUCACGAGGCCCGAGUGGAGGCUGCAUGUGCUUCAUGGUGUAGCAGAGUUCUCAGGGAAUUUUUACAUGUAAUCCAUUGUGUGAGAUGCAGGGGUCUGGUUAGCCUCGCUUACCCACCAUUUUGCAGGCCUACCUUACAUAAUAUAUCUGGCAUGGACCCUGCUCUGAACUGAGGCAAAUAUGCAUAGACGGCACCUAACUGCAUGGAGGUGAAUGGUCACUCCCCCCCUGGAAAUUGAGAAAAACAAACUGACACAUCCCACGGCCCCUGUUACACAAAUCAGUCUUUGAGGGCCCCGGUUUUACACCCUCCUUUUACCUGGGUGUCAGAGGUGAAGACCUUCUUGGCCAAUCAGUUGCACUAAUUGUUCACUUAAUUUUGUAGGAGAAAAGGGAACCAAGGCCAGAUUUGGAUUCAAGUACCAGAUCCGAGUAUUCUUGCCCCAUUGCUUUAUUGUCCGUUAUCCCAGUUUAACUCUAUGCUGUGCCAAGAUGUGUUACCAGGCCAGACAGUAGGCUGGAAAGUGGGGGUAUGGUCUUGGUUGUAGAGAUGCUUCUUGGUGUCCAGUGUUAGUUGCUGGCAUGACUGAAGAUGCUACUGUAAUGCACAAUACCAUACUGCUGUAUGAGACCGGAGGAACAGGAGCUUUAGAUGUGUGCUCCCCCUCCAUUUUAGAUCAGUGGUCCUUUCUCCUGGUCUCAGAGAGCCUCAGGGUGUGCUGUUUUUGUUUUUGCCUUAAUAUCAGCAACCCAAGGAACCAGGUGAGUGAGUCAAUGGUGUAAUUAACUGCUUUAUUUGAUCAUUUAACUGCUUAGUAACAACAAAAGCCAGUACACCAGUUCGGCUCUCCAGGACCAGGAGUGAGAGGACCACUGUUUUUGAUGAACUGCCUUAAUGGAAAUGGACUUUAAUAUGUUGUUUUUAAUUCUUUUGAAUAAAAUCAGGAAAAGAUG